CGAUCGGACGCAUCCUCUAUCUCUUUUACCGACUAGGGCGCGCACCGUCCUCCGACCGAACAGGCGCGCCCAACCCAAACCCGGCCCCUGCGCGCGCGCCGCCGCCGCCGCCGCCGACAACAUCUCAUCGUUCUUCUUGGGCGCCUCUUCGGAGCUUAGUCUGCUCGUAACCCCGCUUGAUCUGUGGGAACCCAUCCGUACGACUGUACCACCAUUUCUGGUUGGACACUUGGAUAUGGGAACCUACAGCCAUCUCUGGUCAAUUGCCAAGAAGAAUGUAAUGGCAGUUUUACUUGGCAUCACCAUUUCUGAUCGUUAUGUGACUUUCGUCUCGGUGAUCGGUGAAUCGAUGCACCCUACGUUCACAGCGGCCAGCAGUGUCUUACAGGGUGAUUUCAUUUUAGCAGAAAGAAGAUGCCUUGAGAAGUACAAGUUCUCACACGGUGAUAUCAUUUUGUUCAAGUGCCCUAGCAAUCAUAAGGAGUUGUUUGUGAAGAGAUUGAUCGCGCUUCCUGGUGAGUGGGUACAGCUCCCUGGGUCCCCUAAGGUUACUAAGAUCCCAGAAGGGCAUUGCUGGGUUGAAGGUGAUAACGCUGCUCGUAGUUGGGAUUCUAGAGCAUUCGGACCAAUUCCCUUAGGUCUAGUUGAGGGGAGGGUGACCCACAUCAUUUGGCCGCCCUCAAAGAUUAGCCAAGUGGAGAGAAAGAUUCCUGAAGGGAGAAUUUUUCCUGUUUGAUUUGACUCUCUACUAUAUUGGGUGAAAAUUCAUUUAUAACAUAAACCUGCUUGAUUACCAUUUAUUAUGUGAUAUAAGAAGUGUAGAUUGAAAUGCAAAGCUUACAAGUUUUGGCAAAAGUUUUGUCUACAUUUCCUUCUGUUCACCA